CUGCCCCGGGAGACGGCGUGAGGCCGCGCGGCGCCCCUGCGGGCGAGGGAUCAGACGAGUGUGCUUGGCGAAGAGGGGAUCCGGAGACGUGCGCGUCCUCGGGGGCACGGAGAUUGGCCGGCGGGCGCUGGCCGCGCCCGCAUCAGACUCCGCAUCCCAGGUUCCCACUGCGGCCGCGGGCCUCCGCUCCCUGCCCUGACCGACGCCGCCAUGGCCCAGCAGAGGGCCCUGCCGCAGAGUAAGGAGACGCUGCUACAGUCCUACAACAAGCGGCUCAAGGACGACAUCAAGUCCAUCAUGGACAACUUCACCGAGAUCAUCAAGACCGCCAAGAUUGAGGACGAGACGCAGGUGUCCAGGGCCACUCAGGGCGAGCAGGACAAUUACGAGAUGCACGUGCGAGCCGCCAACAUCGUCCGCGCGGGCGAGUCCCUGAUGAAGCUGGUGUCCGACCUCAAGCAGUUCCUCAUCCUGAACGACUUCCCGUCGGUGAACGAGGCCAUCGACCAGCGCAACCAGCAGCUGCGCGCUCUGCAGGAGGAGUGCGACCGGAAGCUAAUCACCCUGCGGGACGAGAUCGCCAUCGACCUCUAUGAGCUGGAGGAGGAGUAUUACUCGUCCAGCUCAAGUCUUUGCGAAGCUAACGAUCUGCCUCUGUGCGAAGCUUACUGGAGGCUGGACCUCGACACAGACCCUGCUGACGGCUUCGCGGCCCCUGUGCUGGCGUCCCCGGAGCCCAGCGCUGGGCCCCUGCCGGCCACCGCCACUGCCCACCCCCACGCUGGCGGCCCUGGCCCCACAGAGCAUGCCUGAGCCCCCCGGCGCGCCCUGCUCUUGCCGCCUCAGCCUCACUCCUCCCGGCCUGGGCCUGGCUCACGGAUCCCGCGGCCCCCUUGGGGGCCCUGUGGGCUCGGGGGCAGCCCGCCCGUUGCCAAGGUGGCCCCCUCUCCACAAGCAACCUCUGCUCCCUGCUCUCCCGGCCAGCCGGGUGGGAGGGAAUGUCCAGCACAGCCUGGCCGGUGCAGGGAGGAUCCCUGACGCUGGGAGCCCUGGCCCUGGCCCGCCGUUCAG